AUGAGUAACACUGCAUUCUCCGAGCGCAGUGUUCUGAAAUGUUACUACUGUAAGAAGCGGAUGAAGAAGGCGUCUGGCUGCUGCGUGCAGUGCUCUCAUGGCCGCUGUCCCACUGCCUACCACCCCACCUGUGCCCAGGCUGCUGGAGUACUCAUGCAGCCAGAUGAAUGGCCCUUUGUGGUCCAUGUUACCUGCUGUCGCCACAAAGGCCCAACUCAAAUUGAGCGCAAUAAAGCAGUCAUGCAUGAGCUGACUGUGGGACAGAAGGUGAUAUGCAAGCACAAGAAUGGCCGCUACUACCAGUGUGAUGUGGUGCAGCUGUCUAAAGAGACGUUUUACGAAGUCAACUUUGAUGAUGGCUCCUUCAGUGACAAUCUCUUUCCUGAAGACAUUGUGAGCCGAGACUGUGCUCAGCUCGGACCACCAGCCCAGGGUGAAGUGGUCCAGGUGCGAUGGACAGAUGGCCUGGUGUAUGGGGCCAAAUUUGUGGCAGCGCAUGCCAUCCACAUGUACCUGGUGGAAUUCGAGGAUGGGUCACAGCUAACAGCCAAGAGAGAUGAUGUCUACUCUCUGGAUGAGGAACUCCCCAAGAGAGUCAAAUCCAGACUGUCUAAAGCAUCGGACAUGAGAUUUGAUGGCAUCUUUGAAGAGAAGGAGAUUAUCCAGGAGUCGAAGAGACAGAGAGUGAUUAACUCACGUUACAGAGGAGACUACAUAGAGCCUGUGAUAUACAGAGCCAUCAUGGAGUAACCCUCACUCCCUGUCUGCUCACCCACACACCACCAGCACUGACAGACUGAACUGUGCUCACCGUACCUUAACAUUGCAGCUAGCCACUGAGAGAGCGUAGCUCCAGAUGACUUCCUUCAGGACCCGCUUUGGACUGUUAUUGAUUUCUUACUUCUCAUUUAUCCAUCUAUGUUAAUUCAACAAGAAUUAUUUUUGCUUUGUUUGACUGUGAUCAAAGAAACAGCAGUAUUUUUUCAUUUCAGUCUUUCAGUAGGCUGACAUCCAGUCCUGACAGUACAUAAAAGUAGGAAGCAAUGCAAAAAUGGCAUUUGUUUAGUAAAGGAGCAUUUUGACAGUGAGGCACCCAUGAAAAAGACAAUGUUGGUGUUAAACAUUAAUCUACAGUAAUGUUGAAUACAUUUAAAUUAACACUAAUUAGUGUCUAUGAUAUGGAGCCCCUCAAGUUUCAGAGGUAAAGGUUUUGAUUUAUUUUAUUUAGAAUUUGUAAUUUACUAAAUUGUACCCUGGAAUAAGUCUUUCAAAAUUACCAGCUUUAUUAUAGUUAGUCCUUUAGUUCCUGUCCCCCCACAUUCUUUGAUUUAUGAAUUAAUUUGUGUGCCCAAAUUGUUAAUUUGAGGGUAUAAUUUCCUUAAACUUGUGCUGAAAUUAUCAAAAAUGGUUUUGGGCACAACUAAUUAUUAUUUUUAUUUUUAAUUAAUUGGCCAGUUUUUUUAUCUACGAUAUUAUUUUGCCUAUGCAGUGUGAGAAAUGCAUGAAAAAUGCUCAUCGCAAUUUCCCUGACCUGAAAUGAACAUAUUUAUGUUGUGUAUUAUUAUUCAAUUUUUAUUUAGUUUCACAUUGGAGAAACUAGAACCAGUAAAUAUUUGGCAUUUUUGCUUAAAAAAAUGACUGAAAUGAUUAAUUUUCUUUUGACUGACUAAUUGACUUUUUGACAUUUCAGGUCUAAAGCUGUUACCCCUCAUACCUGCCAUAUUCUGAAGAGGCUAGACUAGAGUUCAACCAUGCUAAUUUGACUCAACACAACUUUAUUUAGGAAUGCGCACCAUGUGAGCAUGUAAAUUAGAAUAAUUAAGUCCUUAAAACUAGAUAUUGACAUAGGACCGCUUUCCAAAACAGGCCUACAAUAUAACAGAAUAUAUCAGGACCCUAACCGUGUAUACAUCAAUCAGCCAAAACAUUAAAACCACAGGUGAUCAUCAUGUUACAAUGCAGUGUUCUGCUGGGAAACCUUGGGUCCUGGCAUACAUGUGGAUGCCACUUGAUGGUAAUGGCACUCACUGAUGGAAGUGCUCCCCCAACAAAACAAUAUGCUGUGCCACACCAUAAAAAUUGCUCAGGAAUGGCCUGAGGAACAUGACAAAAAGCUCAAGGUGUUGACCUGGCCUCCAAAGUCCCCAGAUUCCAAUCUAUUCAAGUAUCCAUGGGACGUGCUGGUACACCAUCUCAUAAACCACAGGACUCAAAGGAUCCUCAACAAAUGCUCCGGAGCCAGACACCACACCAGGGCAACAGGUCAGGAGCAUUUCAAGUUGCAUCCAUAUGAAUCUCAGGACCCAAAGUUUCUUACCAAAGCAUUGCAUUUUAACAAAAUGAUCGAUGUUACUUUAACAUGUUACUUUUGGCUGAGUGGUGUAUUUCUUAAGUGCUGGAUUACUAUUAGCUUGCCAGGCUAAACUAGCCACACUCUGUCUCUUUUGCGGUUCCAUGUCAUUGGUUCGACAGCCCAUUGGUUCAACAUCCCAUUAGUCCGACUGUCUGCGGUGCUGAACGGCUCGCGGCGGGCGUAUGGUGCGCCGCGACCGG